AAGAUUUCAUAUUCAAAAAAUGAAGUUUUCAUCAACUAUUAUAUUUCUUAUUUUUUUACUUGUGCCCUCUUUGAAAUGUGCAUUCCGGACUGGACAUAGACAUGACUGGUAUGAAAAGAAUCGUCUGAAAGUUUCCUGUUUGCAACAGGAUGAUCCAGUUGGAAGGAAUGCAGUUAGUCGGUGCUGGUUCUGGGAAGGAAUGAAAUCAUGGUUCCGAAGAACAUCGAUCUCUUGGUAUCCCGAACAAACGAAAACGUGGAAUAUGACAGAAUUGACAGCACAUUGUGAUAAGUAUUAUACCUGUAUGGAAAAUACAAAAUGCUACAAGGACUUUGUCCUAUUUGAGACAUUGGAUAGAUGCUCUCAUGAUGCAUUCAAUAUUGGUCCAAUGAGCUUUUGCUAUUCUACUUUAAGAGAUGUUGCAAAGAAUUUCCCAGACAAGUUAUCGUCUUGCGUGAAGGAACACUUGGAUGCGACUCCGACAAGGAAAUGGACUUGCGAGAUAGCCCAGGAUUUAGGAAAUUGUCUUCUACCGGACGUUAAAAAUUACUGUGAACCGAAUUUUCUACCGAUAUUUAAAGAGCAUCAAGAUUCUCGUAUGUUCAAUUUGGGUUGCGAUGGGCGAUUGAAGUUCAAAGACAUGGAAGAUUUGAAGGAUCACAAUGCGACGGAUCUAGUUGGAAGUUCUGUAGAAAUAGAAUAAUAAACAUUUAAUAAUUUAC